UAUAAAUACUGAAAACAUUGUCACUAUACAAUGGUUUUUGAUUUACAAUGUUGAAUUCAUCGGUGGUAUUUAUUGCGUUGCUGGCAACCAUAUUGGUGGAGGCCAAAGAUAUUUCAAGGGAAAAGGUUCCAUAUGUAGUGUCUAUCCGAGAGGCAGCCAAUCACCUUUGUAGUGGUACAAUAUUACGUGGCAAUUGGGUUUUGACAUCUCCGCAAUUUGUUUAUGAUUUACAACCGGAGCUCCUACUUAUUGUCAUGGGAACAGUUGACAAAACAGAUUUAAAUGCUUUAAGUGUUCGUGUAAAGAAAAUAGAAGUACAUCCGGACUACCAUGGUCUGGCUUUCACGAAUGCCUUAGCGCUUUUGAAGACUAAAGAGGAUAUAUCAUACAGCAAACUCGUGAUGCCCAUUGAACUUCCCACAGCUCCAACUAAAAUUGAUGAAAAUUUAUUAGCCCUGGGAUGGAAGUUUGAAGAGGAUAAAAAUCCAACAAAUAAUUUACAAGUGAAAAAUGUAACAUCUCUAAGUAAUAAAUAUUCGCCUGAUAAGUCUGCUUUAGCCAUUAAGGAUAACAAAGGAUUUGAUACAGAUGAAGAAUUUUUCAGUGACAUCGGAGGGCCACUAGUUAAAGAGGACACUAUUGUGGGAGUCGUCCUAAUAAUGUUCGAGCCUUCUGAAUCAAAACGCUCGGGAUUAUGUGCAAGAGUUUACGAGGGAUUACCAUGGAUUAAUGAAAUGUUAAAAGACAAUUAUUAAGAUAUACAAAAUUAUGUAUAAUUUUGUACAUUAAAACAAU